UGUCUGCUAACUUCUACCAGUCUAUUGUGUUCAGCUGCGGAUCGGACAGAAUAUCCGUUUAUUUGAGCAUAUUCUACCAAAUUUUUGGGAAAUUCGAAAUCUGAUCAUAUCAAUUUACAUAAUUCUGCAAAAUGAAUGACACUGGAGGUCGGAGACUGUGGAUUGGGAACCUAGAUGAAAGGAUAACUGAAUUCACCUUGCUGAAAUUGUUGCAGAGGUAUGGAAAGAUUGAGCAGUUUGACUUCCUAUUUCACAAAUCAGGACCGAACCAAGGGAAACCAAGGGGCUACUGUUUUGCAAGCUUUGAAAAUAGAACGGAUGCAGUACAUGCCCUCCAUGCCUUGGAUGGUAAACUAGCUCUUGGAAAGAAACUUGCUGUAAAAUGGGCUCAUUCACAUAUAAAGGCUCCAAAUGAACCUGUCCCCCUUGAGAAACCAGAGAUCAACUUACAUCCCGAUAAAAUCCCAAGUAGCUUCGGGGGUCAGUCUACAAAGGUACCAGAGGAACCAACUGCAAAGAAGAAGCCUGUCAAUUCAAGUGUUGAGUCACAGAUCAGAGCGAUUGAGGGAAAACUGAGAGAGAUGGACAGAUCAACUUCCAAAGCCACCUUCAAGCCAGUCCCGGUCUAUGCUACAAAGAAACCUGAACAACCCAAGGAGAUCAUCCAGAAGUGUUUACCAAGCCUGAUGUCACUCCCUUUGGAACCCCCUCCAUCUACCUCCAGCGUGUCAACAGCAGUAACAAGUUCAGAGACAUCGUCAUCAACAUUAGACUCAAACUCAUCAAAAACAGAACAGGUAGAGACUAAAUCAUCAUCAUCAUCGCAAUCAUUGUCAUCACCGUCGUCAGAGCCGUCAUCGACCACAUCAUCAAAAACGACAUCAAACGUCUCAUCGGCUGCGGUUAAAUCACAAGUGACUAAUACUGGUAAGAGUAAAGCUUCCGGAAGACCAAAGCCUUAUGAUAAGAGGUGACAGACCAAAGAUUGAGUUAAACCUUUUAAACCGUUGCUACCUGAGAGUUAUCGACUCUGCUGCUGGGAAGUGUAGCGCCCUCUCUAUCAAACCGCACAACCUUGAGAGUACAGGAAGGAACUUCCAUUCAAACGAAUUCUGCAGGACCGCUCAAAAUUAUUUCAAAUAUUUUGUUUGGUAAUGUAGCAUAAACCAAUAAGAUUAUGAAGAUAGGACCAAAUAUUUAUUUUUAAGUAACUUUCUAAUUUUUAUUGUCUCCUUGUAUUUGUGGGUUUUUUUUCCUCCUUCCAUGUUGGUAAUGACUUUGGUUGAGAGAGUGGCACUUCAUUUUAUGAUAUCCAAUUAAAAUCGAAAAAAUAGCUACUUUAUGUCAUAUAUUGAUGUGCAUUGAUAAUAAUAAUAAUAAUAAUACAUUACAUUUAUAAUGCGCUUAAUACAAUGUUUCUAAGCGCAAGAGAAAGAAGGAAGAAAAAGGAAGAAAAAGUGAGAAAUACUAAAGAAACAUACUAAAGAAAUGUUUAACUUAUUUUUUGGGGGAACCCCCUCUCCCAGAUCUGAUAGUCAAGCUCAAUAAAAAUUAUGGGGAUACAUUUAUUAUAUAUUGUUAGAAAUGUAAUACUGAAUAAUAAAUCCUGAAAAAGAAUGUGAAGUAGUGUAUGCGGAUAUUAUUCUCUUUUCCAUAGAAAACCAGAGGAAAGAUGAACCCUAAGAAGAAACCCCAAAAUAUUUAUUUUCAAUAACAUGAAUAGAUUUAUAGUUAUCAAAACAAAGAGUAUGUUGAUAGGCUGGUGCCAUAUGAGAAAUAAAUCAUGUUGUAGUUUUAGUUCAUACUUACAUGAAUUAGAUAGUUAUCAUUAUACAGUCAAACCUGUCUAUAGCGGCCGCCCAAGGGAAAAAUAAAAAGUGUUCCUUGUAGACAGGUUCUUUUAAUACAUGUUUCAAUGAGAAACCAUUUUCAAGGGAAACCAAAAAAUGUGGCCUUUGUAGACAGGUGGUCACUAAAGCAGGUUUGACUGUAGCUCCAUCAUGUGCAGUCCAUAUUGUAGUACGAUGUUAUUCAAAAUGUUUCAAAAGGUGCUUUGAGCUUUAAAUAUUUAUUGAAGUGCAUUCCAACACCUAAUAUUCCCCCUCCAUAACAGAGGACAACAAGAUGGUUCAACCUAGAGUACAAGAACAGAGAAAAAAUAUGCCUUAUAGGCAAAAAUGCAUGACAGUGUCAAUCAUUUUGUGCUAUACUUUUUACAAGAAAUAUUAUAACCUUUUUUCAGGUAUUUUGUAUUCAUUGCCAAUUUUGCCAUAUCUAUUUAUUGAAGUGUAAGAAGCCUAUGAAACAGUGCAUUACAGUCUAAAGAAAUGUUUUGAAAAUUAUAGGCUUGAAAAUACCAUAUUGUGAAACUCGUAAGCUAGAUUUUGUGCAGUGUAAAAACUCAUAAUAGCAUACUGAUAGGAACUUAAACAAAAUAGACAUAGUUCAAGAAAAUAUCUCACAAAUUUCACUGUUCUGGAAACUUUAAAUUAAUGUGAUCAUAAGUGGUUAUUAUCAUUCAUACAUUAUUUUGACUUUGUGAUUUGUAUAGCCUAUUGUAUUUGUAUCAAGUGACAAUAAUGCAUUAAAACAUUUCUUGUGAAGAAGUA